AACAGUCUCCGCUGUGGGAUAGGUCUCCCCAAAUUGAGGCUGCGCUCGGAACGAUCAUGCGAUUGAAUGACGAGCGCGUCAUGCUUGUCUUCCUCCUCUUCUGUUCUGUGCGAUCAGUGGCUCUGUGUUCCGCAAUCCCCUGGGAUACUGUACCGCCCUCGAUGGCUCUGCUAUCGGCGUUUCGUUCACACUGAAUGGCUGCCUGGAGCAAGGAAAAGCGGGGAGAGAGAGCGCUGCGUCUCCUCCUUUGAACCAACGCUCUGCAUCAACUUCCCAGCGAGGGGACCCUUUGGUGGUGUGCGUAGGCGCACCAUGGCCCAGACCCUCCAGAUGGCGAUCCCAAACUUUGGCAACAAUGUUUUAGAGUGUCUGAAUGAGCAGCGGCUGCAGGGCCUCUACUGCGAUGUCUCCGUGGUGGUCAAGGGCCAUGCCUUCAAGGCUCAUCGAGCUGUUCUGGCUGCUAGCAGUUCCUAUUUCCGGGACCUUUUCAGCAGCAACGGCGGAGGUGGUAGCAGCAAUGAGAGCAGUCCAACCAUAGUGGAGCUCCCACCGGCAGUGCAGCCCCAGAGCUUCCAGCAGAUUUUGGCUUUCUGUUACACAGGCCGUCUCAGCAUGACAGUGGGGGACCAGUUUCUCCUCAUGUACACUGCCGGAUUCCUGCAGAUCCAACAGAUCAUGGAAAAAGGCACUGAAUUCUUCCUCAAGGUCUCGUCCCCCAGCUGUGACUCCCAGGGCCUUCAUGCAGAAGAGGCCCCACCGUCUGAGCCCCAGAGCCCUGUAACACAGACCAGUAACAGCGCACCCCGGCCUGCCUCCUGCCUGACGCCGCUCCCUCUGGUGUCACGAGUGAAAACAGAGCAGCCAGCUAGCCAGCCGGAAGCUGCCACACCUUAUUCGGUGGUUUGCACUCCUGUAGCCAAGCGGCUGUGGGAGGGCGGCAGUAGCCGAGAUGGAGGUGGGGUAGGCUCGGGGGGAGGUGGGGGCGCCAGGAAGGCAGCCCGUUAUUCCCAGGAGGCGGUGCGGGGCAGUGCCAUCCAGAGCCCCGGAGCCCUCGGACUGGCCAUGGGUAUGGGUGCUACCGCAACCAGCAUGGCAGGCAUGGUGGUCAGUGGCGGGCUUAGUGGCGGUGCCAGCACCAACGGAAGCUCUGCAGCAGGACUCGGCGUGUCAGAGGGCGCCAGCCCCGGCACCCUGAGUACCUAUGCUAGUGACUCACCCAUCAGUUACCAUGACGAUGAGGAGGAGGAAGAGGGGACGGAUGAAUGUGCUGAGGAGCAAUACAGGCAAAUCUGCAACAUGUAUACCAUGUACAGCAUGCUCAACAUGGGAGCUGCAGCAGCUGGCGAGCGGGUUGAGGCUCUACCAGACCACACAGAGACACGAGGUCGGAUGCGAGGCCGAGAUCUUACCUGUCUCCCCGCAGAACUCAUCGCUCAGAUAGGCAACCGCUGUCAUCCCAAACUGUACGAGGAAGGAGACCCUGCUGAGAAACUAGAGUUAGUCUCAGGUACUUCUGUGUAUAUAUCGCGAGCCCAGCUAAUGAACUGUCAUGUGAGCGCAGGGACCAGACACAAGGUGCUGCUGAGGAGGCUGCUGGCUGCCUUCUUUGACAGGAAUACUCUGGCCAACAGCUGUGGAACAGGCAUCCGCUCGUCCACCAACGACCCGAGCCGCAAGCCCCUGGACAACAGAGUGCUGCACGCGGUCAAAUUUUAUUGCCAGAACUUUGCCACCAGCUUCAAAGAGAGCGAGAUGAAUGCCAUCGCAGCAGACAUGUGCACCAACGCCCGGCGUGUGGUCCGUAAGAGCUGGAUCCCCAAGCUGAAGCUGCUGAUGGCCGAGAGCGACGCCUACUCCACUUUCCUUCCUGACGGUGUCAAGACCGAGGAUGACACUCUGGGAGCGGAUCAAGCCUUCGACCCCGCCUCCCUGGAGGCCACUGGUGGUGCCGGCAUGGAGUCAGGUGGCUCUUCAGGUGAAUCACUACCAGGUGUGGGCGGGGACGGAGGAUCCUUAUUUUGAACACUGUGCCUGGGGAAGGUUGAAAUUUGGUGAGACACAUACCAGUAUUCCCCAGUUCUGCUUGCCUCCUUACUCUUUGGCCCACGCUGAUCUCUCACAUUUGACUGUCUAUACUACACUGCUGGGGUCAACGAUUGUUACCCUGAUGUAACCAGGACGUGAAAACUUAAAUUUUUGUUUUAUGACUGUACAAUGGAGUUAGUCGAGGAAAGGGAGAGAGUUAGUUUUCUCCUAACUGCCCUCUGCCUCCCCUUGUCUUUUUAAGGUGUGUAAGCGCAUCCACUGUUGCAUAUUAAAUACAUUCCCUGACGUGCGGGUGGUGGGGGGAGUUACCGGUGCAGCCAGGAGGAGGACGAGGAAGGAGGCGAUUGAUGGAGACAGGCUAGAAGUAGAGGUGGCGAGUAUUUUGAAUGUGUCAGUGGCAUUUUUCUCUAUGCAAGCCUGACAACUUGUAUUCCAGCCUCGGGAAAGGUAUUAGAUUUAACAUAGAUACAUUAUUUAAGAAAAGUAACACUACCUGCUCUUCCUCCCCUUGCAUCUUCCACUCAUCACCCUGCAAGUAUUCUUUACCCCACCUCUCCUUCCUUAAGACCAGAGAAUCUCACAUGAGUGUUUCACUGUGCGGUGUCUUAUAGAAAUAUAUCUCAUCUUUCUGUUUUCUAAAUUUUUAGCAUGUUUGUCUAUAAACUGAAAAUUGCUCCGCAGAGAAGGGGAAAAGCUUUUUACUGAGAUGAUUGUAAAGAAAACUGAAGGGCAACAGGAAAUCAAAGAUGGUCAUAUUUUUAGAAGACAAACUAUAUUUAUACAAGUGCCCAUGCCUGGAAUGGCGUGAGCGAAGAGAGUGAGAGGGAUUGUUUUAAAAUCUCGAUCUUCAUGUUUUAUUGAAAGAGGUCUUGUCAAACAAGGAGAAGUGCUAUUUUUGCAGAAAAAAAGGAGUAUAAUAAAGCAGUCUUAUCAUAGGACCCAUAGUCAUUUAUUUUUAUCUUUAUUUUACAGUGCAGAGUGAUGGAAUGAGCAGUUGAACUGCUAUAUUUGAAGCAUUUCAUCUUCUGUUCACUAGCUUAAAAGGAAUAAUAAGACUGAUUCAGCUGACUUGACUGUUGUCUAUGAUAACCAUUUCGUGUUAGGUUACGAACCUGCAGCCUUUGCCUCCUUCGAUAAAACUAUUUGCCCACAAUUUUGACGAUUACUGUAGAAAGCCAAUACGUGUAUUGUAGAAAUAAAAUAUAAAGGUUAUAUUGAACUGACAACUCAGCUAGCUUCUUCUUUGUUACCAAAAUUAUUGAAAAGAAAAGAUAACUGUUGACGUUUUGUAAAAACGCAAAAGUCACAGGAACUGAUUAUGGAAUAUUGGAAUGUGCCUUUUAAUUGAAAUCAAUAAGCAGAAGUGCUGGUGGGUACAGUGGUGUCAAAGAGGAGGCAAUAUUGCUUGAAGAAAAUAGGUUUUAUGGUACUAUCCAUGUGUGUGUGAGACAUAGUUCUUUGAUUAAGAAGGAGAGUUUGUACUGCGCUGUGACUUUUGGUAUGUAGUUUAUUCAUGUAUCUAAUGCACCACCUCUUUAAUAUAGAAAUUCAAAAUGGCUGACCGUUUUAUUUUGGAGUUUGAAAUGAUUUUGCACCUUCUAUGAGAGGUAGAGUGGAGGUUUCUGCACCUUAAUGAGAAGAACCAGUGGUUCAUGCACCUUUUGAGAAAUGUUGUGUAGCAAUCGAACCCCUUUUGGUGGAAUUUGUAAUUUUUUUCCAUGUCAACUUGUGUUUCGUGUUUUGAACGUGGCACAAACUCCUACUGUAAAUAAUCAAGAAGACUGUUGAGUUCAAGCCCAAGUGUUCCUCCUUUCUGUUGCUAGAUGUGUCUGAUUAAGACAUGUCAAAAAAAUCCUGACCUUUUUUUUAUGUGAAAGUUAGUGUUUGCUAGAAACUUUUUGAAUGCAUGUUGACUUGUAGAACAGAGGUCAGUAGAGGGGAUUCAUUAUUCCUGUUGCAGGUGGAUAUAUAUACGUGAAAGUGGUCAGGGUCUGACUUAGGAAUGUGUUCACGACCUGAAAUGCUCUCACAGACGACUGAUUACUUUCUCCUUCUGGAAAGGCAUUUUUAAAAAGGUUCUAUUUUUCUGAAGACCAGUACAGUGUAAAAACCGGGAAGGACUAUAUGCUUCUUAUUCAAGACAGUUGACUCAAUCUUAUUGAAAAAUCAACUAUAAGCAUGGCAGAUAUAGCUCAACCUAUUUUCAUUAGUUUAGAGUUUACAUAGGUGCUUUGACCGGGAGAUAUGUGGAAAGAACAAAAAUGCAGUACCUUGUAAGUAUUCACUAAGGGUAAUGACAACAAAACCUCAAUUUUGCAUUUGACUGUAAAUGCCACAUGAGCACCCCCUCCCCCACUUACCUCCUCAAUGUCUUUGAAGACUGUUGUGCUUCCUGUCCUUCAUGCAGCUGGUGUCAUGUUUCACUUCCACAAGUUUAUUCAUCUGUUUCAGAGAGAAAGGCAAAUCAGUGUUUUUUUUUUAGGUAGUUAAAUCAGAAUUAUAAUAUCUAUGUUUAAUUUGCUUUGUGGCUUUCCUGUGUUUUUUUGUGUCAGGGCCCAAAGUCUACAUUUCAACACAUUUUGUAAUUAUGACAGUACUUUUCAGUUGUGUUAAAGUUCCCCUCAUCCAUUACAAAGUUUGCUGUGAUAUUACUUACACAAUGUUUUACUGAAACGCUAUCAUUCAGAGAUGAAGAUUUUCAUAAAAAUGAAAUGAAAGCCCCAAAACACUUUGCUCAAGGUUUUCAAAAUAAAUCCACUGUAAAAGCAGAUUCCGAAUACAGAGUUAAAGGACCAAGAGACCUGUUCAAGUUCUUUCACAAAGGUCUCUGAAUUUAGUGUAGCAAGUUUUGAGAUAUCCAAUCUAGCAAUAAAAUGGAGUUCUAUAAGAAAUGUUACUUUUUAAAACCUCAUUUAGCAUGUUGUCUAUUACAUCUUCCCUGUUCCUACUUUAAGAAAUGAGAUCAGGUAUGAAAAUAGCCAAAUUAUUAUUCAAAUGUCUGACUUUAUUUUCAUAAUUAUAAGAUUGUUACUGAUUGUGUCCCUCAGAAGGGUAACCAUGAAACUAGAAAAGUAAUGUACAGUGAAAAUAAAAACGUGAAGCUUUUAAAGUGAUGGAGAGCAAGAAGUAAAAAGGGCUUAAAUAAGCUUCUGACGUAACCAUGUUACACAGUUACCAACUGAUUCACUUGUACUCUGUUCUGAGUUGCUGACUAGAACUGAACUAUCACCAGUGAACCAGCAUUUAUUGCAAGGAAGCCAUAUUAGUCUUCUCUCACAAAACAGCAGCCCAGUCCAAAUAGAGAAAUGUCCACACUGCACCAUAGACAAAGUCAGAAUAUCCUGCCGUCACACCUCAUGAGAAUAGCUGUAUAACACUGGUUUAAGGCCUAUGUUGUGAUCAGUUGAAUCAGUUACGGUUACAGUACAUGUCAGGGGUUUUACCUUAAGUCAGCUUUCAGGGCCAACUCUACUUCUUAUGACUCGAAAAAGGUCUCUCAGUCGCAACCCACUUGCAGACUGCUUCAUCUGCAAUAAGCAUGCAUGUGUGGUUGUGUCUUACUUUGCGUGCAUUUAAAAACAGAAGGCUUUUUUUGCAGUACUUUCUAAGCAAAAAUGAAUUUCUCUACCUUUCAGCAUAUGUGUUUACACUCCAUAAAACAUGUAGACCUACACACUUGAAUGGAUAAGGUGUGGCACGGCAUGGGGAACCUUUUGUCACUAAACAGUACAUAUAUAAAUAUGAUUAUAUACAUGUAUAGAUAAAUAAUGUAUAUUAUAUAUAGACACACACAUAUAGGUCAGAUUGUUUGUUGUGCACUCGCAGCAUGAGGUAUAUAUUUACCUAGAAACAGCGCUUCUUCACAACCUGUGCAGUAAUUGGUCUGCCCAUGUCUUUGCCCCUGCGCCUUGCCCUCUGUAACCCUGUAGCGCCAGUUGACCUCCUGUACUGCUCAUCCUAUUCUUUCUGUGUUCCAAGUGCCAAUAACUUUGUGAAAGCCCUGUAACUGUGACCCGACAUUAUCAAAAGUAAUUGCACAUUAACGACUGUAAAAUAAAUAAAUACAAAUCAUAGAGAAAAUGUCAAAAAUGGAUUAAAUAAUGAAUAUCUUAAUAAAAGAUUUGUAACAAUU